GUGGUUUCUGAUCCCUUGUUUGAGAAACAGCCGACGGAGCUACUAAGAAAGCGAAAGCGUACAUAAGACUAGAGCAUCAUGUCUUCUCACCAAGUUGUUAAGGAUUACUACAAAGUGCUCGAACUUCCACGAACGGCAGACAUUAGCAGCAUCAAAUCAAGUUACAGGCGCCUGGCAAGGAUUCAACAUCCUGAUAAGAACUCCAGCUCUACAGCUACUUCUCAGUUCCAGUUGCUUCAACAAGCAUAUUCAACUCUGGUCGACCCUACUAGCCGCAGUAUCUACGACGCUAGUUAUCUGUUUACCAAUUCCCCCAACGCCACAUCGCCUCAGGCAAAUCAAUCGACGAACACAGCCCAGAAGGACAGAAAUGAGGCGAGACAAAGAAUCAUAGCUUUAGGUAGAAAAAUUCAACAGCUUAAUGAUCAGCUGCGCAGGCAAGAAGCUGAUUUGCAUCGCGCGCGGACAUACUUGGUGGGACUACAUCGCGAGAUGAGUGGCCUACAGCAGGAAAUCAAGGACAUCGAAAGGGAACAAUCUGAAAAUGCGACAUGGCUGGGGUAUUUUGCUUCACUUUUGCAGGGACACCUGCAAACGGAAGUGGAGAGGUUUGAUAGAGAAUAUCAUCGGCUUCAGAAGAUAGCAGCAAGGAGCAUCAAGAAUGGUAUGAUUCAGCGACAGACCCUUCUUGUUGAAGGCCAGGAAAAUGCCAUCAGAUGUACCCAGAGAAGUAUCGCAUCAGCUGAGGCCGAAGUUCAGAAGGAGAAGGAUAGAGAAAAACGAGAAGAACAAGAGAAGAUGAGGAUGGAAGAAGAGCGACUUCGUCAGGAGGCCAAUAGAAAGAUGGCGGAGAAGCUUAGGAAACAACACGAAAGGCAGGCCCAACAAGCACGCUGGCGACAUGGUAAAUCUAGUGAGGAGCAGGAAGUCAAGGAAUCGCACAAGUCAAGUCAGGGCGAACGAAAGCGGAAUCGUCCUACUGAAGCAACGUGCCAUCAUCAGGGAUGGUGGAGCCGAGUUGAUGGUCGCAGCUCUUGCAGUUACUGCUUGAUCGUUACUCGAAAAUUCGCAUUCCGGUGUCCUGGUUGUACCAAGCUGGCGUGUGCCUCAUGCAGGGAUUUGUUGAAAGGAAGAGGAGCUGGGCCAAACCCUUUUGGCAAAGGUUCAUGCCACCGCAACCCGCGUUAUUCAUAUUGUACCUCGGAUUUUGGGGAAGAUUUGUAUUAUCAUUAAUUGACAUGAAUAAUAUGUAAUUUGAAAUAUAGAAAGGAGGUAUUAUUGAGAUAUUGUGCAGCUUUUACAAAAGAAAUUCACUGAUGUUUGAUUCCAAAGGACAGCUGAAGACGCCAAAGCCUUCGGAUCUUAAGAUCUAUGUCUCGGAUGCCUUCAAUUCGGCUAUUCAUGCUCCCCAAAACGCGUUAAACAUUAGACGUUAGUAAUACCUUCUCGCAUAUGUUUACUUGAGUAAAAGAACCAAAUACUUUCAACACGAUGCUGAAAACUCAGUCAACUCUCUUAUGUCUUAAAGAAUGAUGCACAAUUAUAUAAUAUGCAAAAAUCGUGCCAGAAGCUGCGAGGGCGCAUGUUAGGAGGCAGUGCCUCCUCACUGUGACUAAACCUCAUGCCUGUGGGACUGGCGGUGUAAACCCCUCACUUAUAGGCGAUGGGAUCAUUUCUUAACAUAUAGACAGAAUGAUUCUGGCACAAUCGAUAACAUUUCUUAGGGUAAAGCUUCGAAAUGUCACCUACUUUGAAGGCCCAAACGAAAAACUCUACAGCAAUACUAAAGAAUCUCGAGGUGGCAAUAAAAGAGACGCUUCAGUUAAGUAACCUGUUGAAUUCUUUCGGUGAUCUACAAAAUGACAACAAGAGAUUGCAGCAACAGCUUGAGAUGGCAGAGGCUUCUAACAAGCAGAAAGACCAGCAACUGCAAGAGCAUGGAAAAGAAAUUAGCAGCAUGUUUGAGAACUUUGAAAAAAGAUUUCACAAGUGGUCAAAGAUGGAGGAAGUUUUGAAGAACCAAAUCCAAGACAUACAAGAAGAAUCAGAUAAGAAAACGCGAAGCAAUCAGGA